GCUGUGAGUUUAUCCGUUUGAGGAAGUCUGACUGAGAGAGAACAUGCCUGAACCCGCCAAGGCCCCGAAGAAAGGCUCAAAGAAAGCCGUGUCUAAGGUCACCAAGAGCGGCAAGAAGAGAAGGAGGAGCAGGAAGGAGAGCUACGCCAUCUACGUGUACAAGGUCCUGAAGCAGGUCCACCCCGACACCGGGAUCUCCUCCAAGGCCAUGGGCAUCAUGAACUCGUUCGUGAGCGACAUCUUCGAGCGCAUCGCCGGUGAGUCCUCCCGUCUGGCUCACUACAACAAGCGCUCCACCAUCACCUCCAGGGAGAUCCAGACCGCCGUCCGCCUGCUGCUGCCCGGGGAGCUGGCCAAGCACGCCGUGUCCGAGGGCACCAAGGCCGUGACCAAGUACACCAGCUCCAAGUAAAAACCCUCCGCUGUUAACAGCAACACAACGGCUCUUUUAAGAGCCACACACCGCUUCAACUCAAGAGCUCAAAGUCCUGGAAGAUUAAUGUUUACACAAAGCUGUGGAGCUGGUUUCAUUUAUAUUAAUGUGAUCAUUAUAUAAUGAAAAUAUUUUAAUCUAUUGAACAGUUGAUCAUUAAUUCUCUGUGCGGUAAAAUAGUCCCAUCGUUUUUAUUCUGGGUGAUUCAUAGUGUUAUAAAAGAUUGUAGUAAUACAAACAUUUAUAAAGGAUCGAUUUCAUUUAACUGUGCGUUAUUAUAUUAUAGAUUAAUGCUGCCAAUGGGUAUUGAUCUGAAACUGAAGGUACAGUAUUUAUUUUCACCACAAGGUGGCGACAGUCACUGUUAUAUAUAUUUAUCUUUAUACUGAAGGUUAUUAACUAUAAUUAUCAGUUUCUCCAGGAUUUUUUAAAAUAUUAAAUAUCUGAUUACACAUAUACUGUAAAAAUAGUUGCUAUAUUUCACUAAUAAAAUCAAUAGCAACUUUGAACAUUGCUGAUUAAAGUGAGAUAUAAUUAUUGCUUUUAGUGAUUAAAACUGAUAGAUAAAAAAUUUGUACUUGCACUAAAUGUUUGAUUUGUUUGAAAACUGUCAAUAUAUAUCUGUAUUAAACAAUCCAUGUAAAUAUAUAGAAUACAAAUUGUUACUGUUUAAAAUUUCACCUAAUAGAAAUACAUUGAUAAUAUGAAACUGGAAUUUAAGUUUAAAUUAAUAAAUCAGUUGAUAUCCACAAAAGAAAUUAGAGAUUUGCAAAUUAAUUUUAAAUUUUUUAUGUGGGGAAAAAUGACUUUCUUUAUAAAUUAGCAUGGAAAUUCAGACCGUUUAUGUAAUUUCAAUGAGUUAUCAAUGUGUUUUUAAAAUCUGUAAAAUAAAUGGGGAAGAAAACAUUUUUAAGACCUCCAA